ACUGAUAACAAACUAUAAUUUACCCAUUUUAGAACUUUUCAUAAUAUCAAAGCCUCAAAGGUAGUUAUAAACAUAUAAUUACUUUGAUUAAGUUGUAACUUGUAACACGGUAUUUUAUAUUGUGCAUUGUGACUGUUGUUAUAGAAUUCUUAUUAUUAAGCAUCUUUUUUAAGAUGGAUUCAGAUUUGAAAGAUUUAGAUCUUUAUGGAAUACUUGAGAUUCAACAGUCCGCUACUGAAAAAGAGAUUAAAACAGCAUAUCGGAAAAAAGCUCUACAAUGCCAUCCAGAUAAAAAUCCCGAUAAUCCUAAAGCAGCUCAAUUGUUCUUGCAGUUAUCUAAAAUAUUAACUAUUCUUACAGACACUGCAGCACGAUUAGCUUAUGACAAAUUAGUAAAUGCUAAAAUUGCUGCAAAAUUGCGCGAAAAAGAAUAUGAUUCAAAAAGAAAAAAGCUUAUAGAUGAUCUUGUUAAAAGAGAAAAUGCGGCAUUAGGAAAACAAAAAGAUACAGUGGAACGUAAUUUUGAGAAAGAACUGGAGCGUUUAAGAAAAGAAAGUUCAUCUCUACUUGCAAAAGAAAGAGCUCGAGUUAAUGAGCUCCUUAAGCAACAAGAAUCUGAAAAAGAAAAGAUUGGUUCGUUCAAGCUGAAAGUAAAAUGGAAGGAAAAUGGAGUAUAUAACAAAGACAAUUUAACAUCAUUGUUUUCUAAGCAUGGCGAUGUAAUAACUGUUGUGGUUCUAGAAAACAAAAAAUGUGUUGCUCUUGUUGAGUACAAAUCUAAGACUUCUGCUAUAAAUGCCAAAAAUUUGGAAGUUGGUUAUCCAAAUUGUCCACUAAUUGUGAGUUUUCUCGGAGAUUAUGGACAAGAGAAUAAAAAGAGCUCUACUCAUACUUCUGCCCAAAAUCCUAGUAAUAUCUUUUCAGCUCAUCAAAAUCAAAAUGUCAAUCAUACUGAAAAUACUUCAAAAACUACAUCAUCUGCACAAGCAUUUUUGGAUUAUGAAGCAAUGAUACUUGAGAGAUUUCGACAAGCUGGUAAACCUCAACAAGAAAAUAGUAAUUCAAACAAAAUAAAUACAGAAGAACCAAGGGUAUUAUGAAAAAUCUAACAUUUAAUGUACAUAAUUAUUAAUAAUCUAAUAUUUAUAGUUAUUAUGUCCAUAUGUAAAUAUGUAUAAAUAUUUAUUUUUUAUUUUUAUCUUGAUUGAUUAAAUGUUAAAAAUUACAAAGUGA